AAUGUUUCAUUUCUCUUCGUGCCCAACACACUUUGACACCCCAUUUCUCCCUCUCUCAAACUCCUUUUUGCUUUGCUAUUUGAAGUAAAGAAAGAAAAUAUGGGUGCCUUGGACUCUCUUUCUGACUAUAUUUCUGAUUUGGUAACCGUCCAUGGCAAAAGAAAGAAGCGUAAAGUCAUGCAGACUGUUGAGAUCAAGGUUAAGAUGGACUGUGAUGGGUGUGAAAGGAGAGUCAAAAACGCUGUUUCCUCCAUGAAAGGUGUGAAAUCAGUGGAGGUGAAUCGAAAGAAAAGCUAUGUGAGCGUUAGCGGAUACGUGGAGCCAAACAAGGUACUAAACAAAGUGAAAAGCACAGGGAAAAGAGCAGAGUUUUGGCCUUACGUCCCCUACAACUUAGUGGCAUACCCAUACGUAGCUCAAGCAUACGACAAGAAGGCACCGUCGGGGUACGUUAAAGAGGCGGUGCAAGCUUUGCCGAGUCCGAAUGCUGUGGACGAGAAGUUUGUCACUUUCUUUAGCGACGAAAACCCCAACGCCUGUUCCAUCAUGUAGGCUGGCCAAGAGAAUUAAAGGUUAAGGAGGGCAUGUUUGGGUGGAUAGGACGCAAUUUUGUCUGUACAAAUGCUUAAAUUUGGUGUGUAGGGUUGAGUCUUUGUGAAGGAAUUUCGUUUUUGAAAUUUUGUUUCGGAAUGUUGUAUGUGUGGGGAUUUUCAUGUAGUCGACUAAUCAUACUUAGUUUCCUCAGGGUUUUAUGUAGUUAUAAAUGAAUUAUAUACCAUUCAUAUAUUUGGAUUA